CAGCAGCAGCAGGUCAAUUCUGCCUCACCAACUGUUGGAAGUUUGGGUUUCCUGACAUAUCACAGUGUGGCAGGCUGGCGGGCAACGGCAAGGGGCUUUCCCCCUUUCUGUCUUUUGCAAUGACGUGCAUUGCAGAUUUUUUCACCUAUGAAACCACCAAAUCUGUGGUUGUGAAGAGCUGGACCAUUGGGAUCAUCAACCGCAUAGUUCAGCUACUUAUCAUUGCCUACUUCAUUGGGUGGGUGUUUAUUCAUGAGAAGGCCUAUCAGGUGCGGGACACAGCCAUAGAAUCCUCUGUCAUGACAAAAGUAAAAGGCUUUGGACAAUAUAACAGUAAAGUGAUGGAUGUUGCUGAUUAUGUCACGCCACCACAGGGUUCAUCUGUAUUUGUCAUCAUUACAAAGCUGAUAACUACAGAAAAUCAAACAGCUGGACUCUGCCCUGAGAAUGACAUGAAGUAUGCAUGCCAAAGGGAUGAAAACUGUGGUAAAAAGGAUACCAGAUAUGGUAUUCUGACAGGAAGAUGCAUCAGGUACAAUGCUACUGUCCGGACAUGUGAGAUUCGGGGAUGGUGUCCUCCAGAAGUUGAUACUAUCCCAGCACCUAUUAUGCAUGAAGCAGAAAAUUUCACAAUUUUUAUAAAGAACAGUAUCCGGUUUCCACUAUUUAAUUUUGAAAAGGGUAACCUCCUUACCAAUGCAGAUCCCAAUUACAUUAAAUCAUGCCGCUUCCACCCUGUGGAUCAUCCUUACUGUCCAAUCUUCCGCCUUGGGGAUGUAGUCAAAAUGGCAGACCAGGACUUCAUCAAAUUAGCAAACAAGGGUGGAGUUCUUGGAAUUAAGAUUGGAUGGAUUUGUGACUUGGACAAAUCAAAUGACUUAUGUAAUCCUCAGUAUAGUUUUACACGGUUGGACAGCAUAUCUGAAAAGAACAAAGUAUCACAAGGCUAUAAUUUCAGGUAUGCCAAGUAUUACAAGAAAGAAGAUGGCACAGAGUACAGAACGCUACUGAAAGCAUUUGGAAUUCGAAUUGAUGUGAUAGUGUACGGUAGUGCUGGAAAGUUUAACAUGAUCCCAACACUGAUCAAUAUGGUGGCAGCAUUUACAUCCGUAGGAGUGGGUACUGUUCUCUGUGACAUCAUCCUUCUGAAUUUCCUGAAAGGAGCUGAGCAAUACAAAGCAAAGAAGUUCGAAGAAGUUACUGAUUUUCAUAUACAGGCUGCUGCAUCCCAAAGUCAAGAGCUCUACAAGAGUAACACGACACUGACAUUUAGGAGCGAGGAGAAACAGUCUACAGACUCAGGGUCCUUUUCACUGGGAACUUAAUAUUUCUCCUACACUUUAAGAGUUUUCACUCCCUCUCUUUCUUUCAUUACCUUCCCCACAUGUUUAUUUCUCUGCAUAUCAUAAGGAACUUAGGAAUCCAAUGGGAAAAGGUUGCAUGACCUCUGUGCAUUAAACGAUUUUGCCAUAAUGACUUUACUGGAGGUCUAACAAUUCUGCCACUUUUACCUUAGGGAGUAUCUGGUGAUGAAACUGAAUAAAAUGGCAAAAAACAAAUUGAUAUGAAGUUACAAGGUUUAUUCCAGAGAAAAUGCAGUGCAGGACACCUGAGAGAGUUAAUCCUCAUGAUAUUACUGUACUGCUUAAUUGAUACAAAUUGUAACGCUAAAUGCAUUUAUCAUUGGAUGAGUGUGGGGGUGAGGUUGUUUGUGUGUUAGCUUAAAUGGUCUGCACUGGAACUGAAACGGGCAAAGACCAAUAAUGCUGUUGAUUUUCACUGUGGAGCUUUCUCUCCUUCUCUUGCUCUCUCUGUUUUAUUGUUAUUGCCCAGUCAAUAUUUCUUUUAGAAAGUGAUAUGCCACAAAUACUGGUUCAGACUCUAGUAUUAUUGAAUCAGACCAGAACCUUUCAUAGCUCUGCUAAUUUCCACUAAAGAUUUGCUAAUUUAGGUAAAUCACAUUUAAUACCAGGAUAUCAGUGUCCUGCAUUGCAUAUGCUUUGGUACUGGUGAUAUUACAGCUGUCAAAAAUUUAACUGGCACCACUCAGAAAUGUAUCAGUAACUCAUUGAGUUAUGCUAGUCUUUUGGAGGUCAAAUACAUAUGAGUCAGCAAUCAUGGGAAGUACUCAAAAAAGGUUUUGUAACAGUUAAUUGUCACCAAAGAGAAGUAUAUCAGUGAAAGUAUUUCUAAUGUAGAACCCAGAAUGAUAUUCAGUUGAAGGUAUGCCUCUCAACUGUCCAGAUUUUCACUUCAUAUU